GAGGAGGCACCCUUUGCACUUGAAAAUCUUUUCCAUCUGUUCAGACUCUUGCUGCUCACUUUUGAUUCCCUCAACAUGCCACCCAAGAAGAUUGAACCCAAAAAACCUGAGCCUAAGAAGCCAGAAGCUAAGAAAGAUGUGGCUCCAGCUGCUAAGCCAGCUCCUCCACCGGAUCCACAGCCCGUGCUGCCCAAAGAGCCUGCGUUUGACCCUAAAAGCAUCACCAUCGAGUACUCCACUGACCAGAUUGAGGAGUUCCGGGAAGCCUUCACCUUGUUUGACCGAACUCCGACUGGAGAAAUGAAGAUCACCUACGCACAGUGCGGGGAUGUGAUGAGAGCUCUGGGACAGAAUCCCACCAAUGCAGAUGUGCUGAAAGUGCUCGGGAAACCACGUCCGGAGGAAAUGAACUCUAAAAUGUUGGAUUUUGAGACUUUCUUGCCAAUGCUGCAACACAUCUCUCGUGCAAAAGACCAGGGCAACUUUGAGGAUUUUGUUGAAGGGCUCAGAGUUUUUGACAAAGAAGGCAACGGCACCAUCAUGGGAGCAGAGCUGCGUCACGUUCUGGCAACGCUUGGAGAGAGGAUGACAGAGGACGAAGUGGACCGAUUGAUGGCUGGACAGGAGGACGCCAACGGAUGUAUCAAUUACGCCUCCUUUGUGAAGCACAUCCUUUCUGGUUAACAAAGGCAUUUGUCCAACCACAAAGACUUAAAAUUUCUCCACUUAUUAGACGCUUACUUAUUUUCUUAGAGGUGAGAUAAGAACCUAAUCAGUGACAUUCGUUUUAUGAUGUCAAAUGCUGAAAUUACCUUAGGGCUAAAGAAAAAGGUCCAACUGCCAGAAAAUUGUGCCUUUGAAUAAAGUCUGCAGUGAAAUUACUGAGCAAUCAAUUUAAAAAAUGGUCACUGAUAGUCUCGCAAAUGCCUUUUUAGUGUGUGCAACAUUUAAAGGGAAGAGUCACCGAGAACAUCACCUUUUUAUGUUCUAUGUUAAGUAAAGCUGUGGGAUUUCCUCCGCCUCUUCCAGAAUGAUUUGACUUAUAAAAUAAACUGAUACGCUCCGGUACUAAACACACAAUAAAAAUGUAUUUUCAGCUGCUUUGUAUCAGCAUUUCCAUCUGACAAAAAUAAAAAGGAUUGGGGGGGGGGGGGGGGGGGGGGGGGGGGAUCUUUCAUUUAAAAAUUCCAAGACUGCUGCAUCAAGGCCUGACCCCAUCGUUGUGUUUACAGUGCUGGAAGAUGUAUCUGUGAAGGCUUUGUAAAGGAAAUAAUAAAUCCAUAAAAAAAGAACAUAAAUAACCUAAAUUUUUUUAAGUGGAUGUGCGUGUUUUUGUGUGUGAGAAUCCAAUAAACUUUUACAUCAA